AUGGCAGGCUACGGUAACCGCACCGCGCCCUCCUACAGCGCCUCAGAUCUCGAGCCAGAGCACAACACCACGCGCCUCGGCCUCAUAGACUCACACACUCCCUAUCAAAAUCCGCACGAGAAACACGGGUCGGGUACGACCGGCGGUGCGGGAUUCGGCAACAAACGCUCCUCCACAUCCUCCACGUUCAGCACCUCAGACACGCACCUCGGCUCCAAUCUAUCUCCCACUCCAUACUCGAACCCGGCGCCGCUGGGCAGCGGAUCGACGGGCGGAGCAGGGUAUGGUAAUAAGACGGGAGAAAUGGGGGGACCGGAGCGGGAUUCUAUGCUGGGCAAGGUGGUAGAGAAGGUAGGAGGGGUGGUGGGGAGUCAUAAGGUGGCGCGGGUGGGGAGGGGGAUGAGGGAGAAGGAAGGGUUUGGAGAGGAAAGGGAGGAGGUGAUGGAAGCUAACUAG